ACUUGAAAAAAAUAUCUUGGGCAUACGCGGACUUUUUGGCGGGAACGCGAGGAGUGAAGUUGUGUGAUUUGUUUUAUUUUGUCUAUUUAGUGUUUCUUCAGGUUUAAAUGUGUAAUAAUGGUGGUUUAUUAACUGUUUAAUAUCUGUGAAAGUGCACAAAUGUGGGAAAAUGAAAUAAAGCCGCUGGACGUAACUUCCCGGGAUCCUCCAAUAAGUCCACUGAAAAAAUCUUAGUAAAUGACCACCAUUUUACUGAGAUUGUAUUUCAUCCCAUAUCAUCUCAUUUCAUUUCAUUUAAUUUCAUCCCAGCUGAUUAAUGUCUCAAAUUAAUCAUCCUCAUUUCAUUUAACUCCAUAAUAUCAUUUUUCAUAAAAAUAUGAAUAUAAAUUAAAAUAAGACAUGACUUAAAGGUCUCAGAUACCAGGUCAUAAAAUCUCUUAAAUAAAUUGGGCAUACGCGGGACUUUUUGGCGGGAACGCGUGGAGUGAAGUUGUUUUAUUUUGUCUAUUUAGUGUUUCUUUGGAUUUAAAUGUGUAAUAAUGGUGGUUUAUUAACUGUUUAAUAUCUGUCAAAGUGCACAAAUAUGGGAAAAUGAAACAAAGCCGCUGGACGUAACUUCUUGGGAUCCUCCAAAAAGUCCACUGAAAAAAUCUUUUUAAAUGACCACCAUUUUACUGAGAUUAUAAUAAUAUUUCAUCUCAUAUUAACUCAUUUCAUUUCAUCCCAGUUGAUUAAUGUCUCAAAUUAAUCAUCUUCAUUUCAUUUCACUCCAUAAUAUCAUUUUUCAUAAAAAUGUGCUUAUAGAUUAAAAUAAGACAUGACUUAAAGGUCUCAGUUUAGUUACCAGGUCAUAAAUUCCCUUAAAAAAAAAUUGGGCAUACGUAUGUAUGUUCGAGUAACAUCAUAAGAGCGACCGGUUGGUGGUGUAUCGCAUCUUGACUUGACAGCUUCGUUCUGUCAGUAGGAUAUUCUGGAACACCAGCGGCACACCUGCGCAUAGACUGCCAACGUCCAGAGCCUCCGAUCCCUCCGUCGGCCGGGCGUCCCUGGGGUGAGCUGCGCGUCUGGUUACAAUGUUAAUCGCGGUAAUCCCCUUACCCCACCCGGGUUUUGAUCUCGAGGUAUCGGACCAUUGUGCGAAAGUGCAGGGGAGUCAUUUAGUGGGUAGGGGCAUAAAUUCUAUCCCUUGGGCCCGCGGGCUACUCCUAGCAUCUGCGGACCGUCCAGUCCACAUACCCCGUCUGCCCCCCAGGCACGGGGACCUCGUAGGACGUUCGGCUCCCCGUUCAAAAUGCGCUGCUGAGAUAGUAAGGAAACACGAAGAUAUAAAUACUUACAUACUCAGCGAGAUCCAUGUUGUUCUUAAAGCACUAAUGGGCUAUAAGAUAUAAUCCGAGUUGACGCUAGGGAUGAAUAAAUGCCAAAAAUGGGAUUGGAUUGGAUAAGAGUGCCAGUAAGGAUAGUGUAGGUGCACUGGAAUUGUGGAGUAUCAGACACACAUAAGUAAAACAGUUUCUAUGUGAAACUAAUCCAGACAAAGCAAAUUAGACUUUCCAAAUUUAUGUUCUGAAAUAAAUUUUCGCAUACGUAUGCAUACCUGUUUGGAGCACUGUACCUGUAGAUUUUUCGUGUAAGAAGUGAAACCAUGCAAUACACACUCUAUGAAUGUCUUCUUGUCCUGUAAAACUGAAAAGGCCUCGUAUCCACGUAAUCUUGUUUGUCCACGUAAUCACGUUUGUUGGAAACAAAAAAAAACAAAUCCAUGGGAAAGAUCAGCCCCCCCGGUGAAGGUCACGGGGCAACAUGAGGCGGUCGAGGCAGCGUGGCGCAUUACCAGCACUCUAGCGCGCUGCCAAGCAGGAAUAUCUUCGAGGUAAAAGAGCAACCGGUUGACGGUGUACUGCAUCCCGACCUAGCAGGCUGGUUCUGGUCCAGCGGAGUAUCUCGGGGUAUCGGCGGCACCGUCUGGGCGGCCUGACGAGCUGCCCAUGCCGUACCGAGACGGCUGACGUUUCGGAACCUUCGAUUCGCUUCGAAAGCUUCGUCGACCGGGUGUCCUUGGGGUGAGCUGCACCGUCUGGUUGUAGUGUUGAUCGCGGUAACCCCCUUACCUCAUCCGGGUUCUGACCUCGGAGGGGAUAGGACGCUUGGGCGAAGACUGCAAGGGAGUCGUUUGUAGGUGGGUCCGGACCAGUCCUACAUACCCCGAGCGCCCCCUAAGCGCGGGGACCUCGUAGGAGAAGGGCAACAGACACAAGAAAAAAAAGGGGGUAAAAUCAGCUGUUAGCAAUACAUAUUGGGAGCCAUGAAAGACAAGCAUUAAUUUAUUGCUCUUCUGGGCUUCCAGUUCACUUAAAAUACAUUAUGGCUUGUACAUUCAACUUGAAUAAAAAUUUGAACGUUCCCUUUGCCUACCAAAGUAGAUAAAAGAAAACAGUUAUAGUUUUAAAAGUAGCUGCCAAUAUUAGUACGGCACCGUCUAAUCGCGAUUUCAGUUUUUUUUUUUUAAGACUUUUGCCUAUGUGCUUAGUGCGAGUUUUUUAACUAUACUGAGACCUUAGAACAUAUAUCUCAAGGUGGGUGGCGCAUUUACGAUUUAGAUGUAUAUGGGCUCCACUAACCACUUAACACCAGAUGGGCUGUGAGCUCGUCCACCAUCUAAGCAAUAAAUAAAAAAACUAACUCAAAUUUGUAUGGGGACUUGGAACAGCGCCCUUGCAUUUGCCGCUAGGGGCGUUGUUCCAACUCGCACUGAGCGCACUGGUGACGAAAAAUUUCAAAGAAAUUAUGCACCAUAGAUAAUAAAUACUAUACACAUUAACCGGCCUCUCAUUUAAAUUAAAUAUCGCUUGUGGCUAUAGUGCGUUUGCAUUAUAAAUUUUGAGGGCUUCAUUGAAUAUAAUCCAAAGUAAAAAAAAAAGAAAAAUACGGUAUUACAUAAAUCUUAAAACCUACUUAAAAUACUAGCUUAUGUUUGUUUGUAGAGUUUGUAAAAAAUGUAUUGUUCCUAGAAAAUAGUAGCUACUUAACGACAGUUAUAGUCACUGAGUUUCUUGCCGGAUCUUCUCAGUGGGUCGCGAUUUCGAUACGGUGGUAGAUUCAGCGAAGCACUGCCCUCGCUAGGGCUAGAGUUAGCAUUUCUCUCAGGUUGAGUCCGUAAGCUCAUCUACCGCUCCGCGCGUAGUUUUGCAUAUACCCGUAAGCUACCAACUAUUAGGUAGAGAAACAAAAGAUAGUUUCUUUCUUCAAAAGAUAGUUUUUCUUGGAUAAAGCUACUCUUAGAUUGACGUUAGCGUAUAAGUGCUAAAGGUUUAUCAUAUUAUGAAAUUAAAAAGUAGGAUAUAUAACCUAAAAAAUAAAAACUUUAAUUAAACAUCAAACUUCAUUAUCAUAAAAUUAUUCUCACAUAACGGUUUCAGUAAAUACUGACAAACAAAAAAAUUAAACAUCUUCUGUUUCGUAAUCAGGAAAUUGUAUUAUUCAUAUUUUUAUUUCGUUAAAAGAAGUUGAAUUUUUAGAAUAAUAUACCUACCUCUAUAAAUAAUAUAUACCUCCAUACGUCAACUGUUACAAUAGGUAUUUUUGACAAAAUAACGAUCCUGCACUUCACACCGAUUAGCGUAAAGCUUUACAAUAAGAAAAUGCAGAGUUUCUGCUUUUGCCUAGAAGCACAAAGCACUUAUGCACGAAGACCGUUGUUAUGAAUUCUUCUUUCAACACGUGUUCACCUACUGCUGAGUGUAGGUCUCUUCAAACGUACUCCAUUCUUUUAUAACUUGAGAGUCCGAAAUCGCGGCUUAAGGUGGACAGCGUCGUCGUGUCUAAUUGCUCCAAUAACCGCUUACUAACACUUUAAGCUCAGCUUCGAAUAUGGCGUGUCGGACUAAAAUAGCAUCAUCCCUUUUCUUUUCGUGGGUGUCGUAAAAGUCGACUAAAGGAUUCAUCAGUGAGUGGGCAGGGGUAAACUCCGAGGAUACCUCCAUCGUUGUUAUAUCUAUGGGCUCGAAAAAACCAUUUAAUAUUAGCUCGGUUACUCAUCAAUGCAAAAAAAAGUUAUCAGUAAGAAAAAUGAAAAAAAUCUGAGAAAUAUAUUUUUCAAUUUCGAUUUUCGAUUACGCCAUGUAAUUAUUCGAUUAUAUCUGGAAAAGGGCGCAUACUUAAGCCCACGCACCGCUCAAGUAUUGCAUAACACGAUGUCCUGAGGAGGAUUGAGCGGUGACGCUCGUAGGCGGGUGGUCGGAGCAUGCGCGAACUGUUCGCAGAUCGAUAUCAGGGAAGUGGGUUCUGGAGCGAGCCGCGCCGCCAGUGUCCGGCAGGCGCCUUCAGCAGAGUGCUCGCCUCGCGUACUGUCCCCUCGUCUCCGCGUUGCGAUGAAGCAACUCAAAAAUCUAGACGAAAAAACGUAUAAUGCUAAAACUACCAAAAGGCCUUAAGAAGAAGAAAAAGGGAAAAAAGUCAAAGCGCAAAGGAGAAGAGGAGCUUUUUACCGAAGAAGAACUUGAAAAGUACAGAAGAGAACAUCAAAACUCUGAAACUGGUGAGGGAUCAACCAAAGAAAAUGAAGAAUGGUCCAAAUUCAAAGAUUUAACUACAGGGGUCGACUCAGUACUUAAGAAAACUCAAGGAGAUUUAGAUCGUAUAAAAUCCACAUCUUUCUUUCAAAGAGUUCCAGCGAAGGCCAAAGAGCAGUCUGCACCGAAAGCAGCACCAAACAGACCUGUAGUUGAGGUGACGGAAGCUGAUUUUCCUAAAUUAGUUCAAGCAGUCGCAGAAGAAGAAGCAGAUAAAAGUGAAUACGGAGUUACUGACGACGAAUCUGAAGAAGAGGAUCAAGACGACAUUUUUGAUACUUCAUACGUAGAUGCAGUUGAACGAGGUGAAGUAAAACUUGCUUAUGUUCCUGAUUCACCAGAAGACUUUCAAGAUGAUGAUAUAUUUGAUACGUCACACGUAGACGCUUUAAUCAAAGGCCACGAAGUAAAAGCUUCUAAAGGAAAGAAAACGUUAGACAUUGGCGUUGCUGUUGAAGUUCUAACCGGGCGUAUCGAUAACCUGACUAUUACCACAAAACGACCAAAGAGAGUAAUACCUGGCGACUUACUCUUAGAAAAUACUACAGAUGAAACCCCUGCUAUCAGCAAGGUAACUGCAAGUGACCCAGUUGAAAAAAGUAUCUUAGAUCUUGAUGCAGACAUACCAGUAACGACUCCCAUUGAUCUGAGUGUCUCUCUACAUACAUCAUUCAUACAGCAAAAGAAACAAGAAAGCCCGCUUAACAGUGAAAAACUAAAUGCUGAAGAUACUCACACGGAAGAAAUUGACGAAUUUACUUUACUAGCGGCAGAGUCGUUAGAAGCGAGUACUGAAGUAACAAAACUACAAGAAAAGGAAAUUAAAUUAGAACCAGUCGUCCAAGAAUCAUGGUCUGCAUUCGAAGCCGACAAAAAUAAAUCUGUUUUUGCUGAGAGUAUUGUCGAAGAUCAGCUCGACGUCGCAGAUCCGUACGGUGACCAAAACGAUCCGUUUGAUACAAGCUUUGCCGAUGCAGUUAUACCAUCGACUUCUCUUCGAGACAUCGAAAAAGAGCCGAUCUUAGAAGACGACGACGACUUCGAUCCGCGAGCUGAAGAAAUCAGAGUUAAAUUAAAUAAUAGGAGAAAAUCCUCAGUUCGUAUACACUUGACUGAUCCUUCCGGUGUCCGCGAAUCGAUUACCUCUGAUGAUAUUGGAGAGAAAGAUGAAAGGUUUUCUCGGGAUUUAUUAGGAGGAAGUACAACAGACUUAACUCAGUUAGGUGAUUCGCCUUUAGACCCAGUUGACGUAAAUGAAGCUGAAAUAGACCCAUUCGAUACGACGAUAGUUGAUAAAAUUUCAGCACCGGGGAAAAUUGAAUUAAAGAUCCUCGAACAGGAACUUAUCGGCACAAACUCUGCAACGUUGUAUCGUGUCCCAAGUGAUCCAGACUUUGAUCCACGUGCUGACGAACCCAAAAUAGGAGAAAGACGAGCAUCUCGACCUGAGAAUUUGACAGUUAGUAAAAGUGUCAUUUUUAAUGUUGAUGAUCAGGAACCGUUAAGCUUAGACUCAAAACCAAAGCUAAUUAAGCCUUUAACUCCCUAUUAUACUCGUGAAGUCUCUAUUACCGAAGACCUAGAAGCAGAGGCAGCAGACACAUUCUCUGAAACACUCACUAGAACUCGCUCGGAUGAAGACUUAGCACCAAAAAUUAACUACGAGGCAAAGCGACGAUAUUCGGAGUUUUCUCAAACAUACCAGUCUAAGAUAAACGUGAAAACAAAAGAACUUAAGACUCGUUCAAGCAGAAUCGAAACUAAAGUUUUAACGCCUUCGGGUCCUGGAGAUUCUAGCAAUCUCGAGACAGUAGAGGUAGAUCCGUUUUAUACUUCAUUUGCAGUAAUAGCUCCCAGUAAAACUGAGUUGAAGUUGUUGGCCAAAGAGUUUUCAUGUGAAGAAGAAGAAAAAAAGGGCGAGUUAGAUUUACUGGAACCUUCAGACGAUAUAUUUCAGGUCAAAGCUCUCACUCCCGAGCCAUCAGAAACAAGACAAAGUCAAGAGGAUUUUGAUCCGUUCGAUACAUCUUUUGCGGGAGAUUUAAACCCAGGAAAAACAGAGCUAAAAUUACUUGAUAUGGGCGAGCCCGUCGCACCUGUCACUACUGAAGUACUGAAUCCGUUCAUGAUGUCAGGAGAUUCAAAUGAGAGUACAACAUUCUCAGGAGACAAUCCAUUUGCUACUAGCAACCCAUUUUCAGACUUCGGGGAUGGCUACGAGCCUCCAGUGGGUGACACAGUCCCUGUUGAUAUUUUUGGUGCAGAUCCCUCAGGCGUUGAGGCCAAACAUUUUGAUGACUUCACGGAUGAUAUAUUUCCAAAUCAACAUUCCGCCCACGAUAAGCUCGUUAAGCCAACAGAUCUUGAUCUGGGCUCCACGACCACUGACAUUAUGCAAGCACCGGAUGACGAUGUAACGAUCCCUUCCCAUCCUUUACCACCUGAAACACAAAAUCUAAUUCUGACAGUCACUGGACAAAUGGAAUUUACAAGUUCUCAUCUACUAGACAGAAUUCCACCAACUCGAACACCAAGCCCCGUUUCAGUUCGUGAUAUACACUCACCAAGUCCUACACCUGAGCCAGAACUUCAGGAAGAAUCUCGGAAUACGGAUAUAUUCGAUGUAAGCCGUAGCAAACCAUCACGGCCACCGCCAGCUCGACCACCACCAGUUGCGCGUCCACCACCUCCGCGUCCAGCACCUCCCGCACAACCACCUAUUACGCGUCCCCCACCACCACAGACGACAGAUGAUAUUAAUCUAUUCGAUGCGCCAAUACCAGCGCCAAUUGUGAAACCAACAAAAGAGGAUAUACUUAGUUUAUAUUCGGCACCGAAGAAAGAAGAAAAACAAAUAGACUUCCUGAGCGAUGAUAUACUCGAAGAAGUUCCGGUAGAUAUGCCGCAACCAACUGCAGCAGAAUUUACAGCACCAACAAACGAAACGGGACCAUUCGCGACUGAGGAAGUAAAAGAAAGCAUUACUUUGGCUGAGCCUGUUGAAUCUAACAUAUUCUCAACAACACUCGAAACUUCCGUACCAAUGGACUGUUCCGAACCAGCACCAAACUCUACCUCCGCCACUGCGAAUACUUCACCAUUCACAGAUAUGAUAAAUGAGGACUUCCAAGAGGCGCCAACAAAAGAAAUCGAGAUGAAUCCAUUCGAAAGCUUUGGGGCCUCCGAUGUUAUGUUUUCGAAUACAGCCCAAAAUGUGUUCGAUGCUAAAGUGGAAGAAUCAUCAGUUACACCGGUAGCUUGCGAUAACAUAUUUGGCGAGGCUAUCCAAGAUGACACAUUUGGUGGAACAAUUCCAACGGACAUGGACGUCGCAACAUCGGACGUAUUCGGAACAACUGAAGUCACUACCGCAAAUGACAAAGCCGAUUUAUUUGGUGGUAAUGCAAUGGACGCUUUCGAUUCACAAAUGCAACAGACACCUGAUUCGCCCUGGGGAAAUACAUCAGAUACUGUAAUGCAGGAAUCCGUUCCAGUUACUUCAGAUGCUUUUGACGCUUUUUCAGCCAAAUUUGACUCUACUGCCUCGAAUCGAGAAACCACGGAUGUGUGGGGGGAUGAAGUCCCCGCAGAUGUUGGUCCUGCAGGGUUUGAGGCUGAAGCUUUCGAUCCGUUCUUAAGCAUGGGUGCACCACCACCUCCUGCUGCUACCCCACGACUCGACCACCAAGGUUCACGGGAUUCUACAGAUGAUACUUUCACUGUCUUCAUAAGGCCGAAGGAAACAGACAAUGGCACCGAGGAGGCUGCGGUUCCCGUGUUGGCUCCACCACCACGGCCCCAAGUUCUUCCCGAAUCACCACGAACGAAUCCAUUCGACAAAGGCGAGUUUGAAGUGCAACGAUUUGAACCUCAACAAGCGGACGAACAACGUCGAGACUCCGGCAGUGAUGGCGAGGGACCACCGACUCCGCUCUUUGACGACGACGUGUCUAUGCCGCUGGAGGACUUCCCCCGUACAAAGUAUACUGGACCCGGAUGGGAAAUGCAACUACGGCAACCGAACAAGAAGAAGAUAACCGGACAAAGGUUCUGGAAAAAAAUCUUCGUGAAACUAGCGCUCCAAGGGGACAAUCCUGUAGUACAGUUGUUCAACUCGGCCGGAGACAAGGAACCGUUCCAAGAGCUACCCCUCCAAGCUUGCUACUCGGUCUCGGAGAUUGGCGCCCAACAAUACGACCAGUACGGGAAGAUCUUCACCGUGAAACUGCAGUACGUGUUCUACAAGGAACGGCCAGGGGUCAGGCCCGGACAAGUCACAAAAGCCGAGAGGAUCACCAACAAGCUGUCUCAGUUCGCGGCCUACGCUAUACAAGGCGAUUAUCAAGGAGUUAAGGAGUUUGGCAGCGAUCUACGUAAGCUUGGACUGCCGGUGGAACACGCGCCACAGGUGUCACAACUCUUCAAAAUCGGGUCGCUGUCGUACGAGGAUGUGAAGCAGUUCUCGUGCUGUAUCGAGGAGAAUCUGUUCAGGCUACACGCGCACAGAGAUCGAGCGCUUACAUACAAAAUGGAAGAGGUGCAAAUAACCGCUGUAGACGAACUGUACGUGGAGCAAGACGCCGAAGGUUCGGUCCUCAAGCAAAUCGCUCGGGUGAGAUUGUUCUUCCUGGGAUUUCUGAGUGGAAUGCCUGAUGUUGAGCUGGGAGUGAACGAUCUGCGACGUCAGGGCAAGGAGGUUGUCGGCAGACACGACAUCAUACCGGUCGUCACCGAGGAGUGGAUCCGUGUGGAGGACACCGAGUUCCAUGCGUGCGUCCAGGCCGAGGAGUUUACCAAGUGCCAAAUCAUCAAGUUCAAGCCACCGGACGCUUGCUACAUCGAGCUGAUGAGGUUCAGAGUGCGCCCCCCCAAGAACCGCGAGCUGCCUCUACAGCUGAAAGCGGUUUGGUGCGUCACCGGUAACAAGGUGGAACUCCGCGCUGACGUGUUGGUGCCGGGAUUCGCGUCUCGGAAGCUGGGGCAGGUUCCUUGCGAAGACGUCGCCAUACGAUUCCCGAUACCGGAAUGCUGGAUUUAUCUGUUCCGCGUUGAGAAACAUUUUCGAUAUGGAUCCGUUAAAUCUGCUCAUAGGCGCACUGGUAAGAUCAAAGGAAUAGAGCGUUUCCUUGGCGCCGUGGACACCCUCCAGGAGUCGCUGAUAGAAGUGACGUCAGGACAAGCCAAGUACGAACAUCAGCAUCGCGCUAUCGUCUGGAGGAUGCCGAGACUCCCCAAAGAAGGACAAGGUGCAUACACAACCCACAAUCUCGUUUGUCGCAUGGCUCUGACGUCAUACGACCAAAUACCCGCGGAGCUCGCCAAGUUCGCCUACGUGGAGUUCACGAUGCCGGCCACGCAGGUCAGCCACGUGACCGUGAGGUCCGUCUCGCUUCAAGAGCACGACGGAGACCCACCAGAAAAAUACGUUCGGUACCUGGCAAGGCAUGAGUACACAGUGGGCAUCGAACGUACGAGCGGUCAGGCCGCACCGGCGUACUCCUUGGCGACGACCGUUGAACGAACCGAACCGGAGCCUCCCGCGCCCGUAGCCCAGCCGCAACCGCCCUCUUCAGACUCCGACUCGGAUUGAAAUUUGACUUAAGGCACUGUGUAAUUAGCAAUGAAUCUCGGACCACGACCCCUUAGCGUAAAGUUCAAAAUCGCAUGUCUUAUUAACGGUGAUCUUAAGCAGUAUUUAACUAUAAGUAAAUGUUUAAAAAUAAAAACAUGAUCGGAAAAUAAUAAUAAAGCUCGAAUCGGUCAUAUGGGUCAUUAUCAGUUUGGUUUGUUGACAAAAAAAAAUUAUCACUUCAAGUGUUCGCACAUUUCAUGGAAAUGUUUGUCGGUCAGCACGGGAUUUCCCGAUUCUGAUUUGAUUUUACGAUUGAACUUCGAUCUUUUGUCUCAAGGACAGCAAAAAACCGACUCCGGUGACAAAAAAUAACCUUUAAUAUCUCUACAAUAAGUAGCACAGGAGCUAGCCACUGAUAACAGAAAUAGUAUCAAUACAAUGAGCGAACUCUUGGCCUACUCCAUAACAUCUAAUACGCAAUCUCACAAUAGCUCCAAUCUCUUUUUACAUAAUCAUAUAGACCUUAAUUACUGGCGGUAGGAUCUCUUAUGAGUCCGCACGGGUAGGUACCAUCGCUCUGCCUAUUUCUGCCGAAAAGCAGUAAUGCGUAUCGGUUUGAAGGGUGGGGCAGCCGUUGUAACUAUACCUACUGAGACCUUAGAAUUUCUAUCUCAAGGUGGGUGGCGCAUUUACGUUGCAGAUGUCUAUGGGCUCCAGUAACCGCUUAACACCAGAUGGGCUGUGAGCUCGUCCACCCAUCUAUGUAACAAAAAAAAGACCUAUAGUAAAAUUUCGAUCAUACGUGCACAAUUGCGUAUAUAACACUAAAAAUCAUCAUUUCAAUUCGUUCAAGGCUUCAGAUAAUUAAAACAGGUAUAUACUAACAAAGCUAUCUACCUAUGUGUCUCUGAAUAUUCCAAAUAGGAUAUUAAAAAUAAAAGAAAAACUCAUUCUAUCUUUAUUUUCCGAAUGAAUGCAAAAAAAUGCAGUAAUCUAAGACGUAUUCAUAGAUUUUCUACACAUAUUAAUUAAUGAUAAUAGAAAAGUAUCUUUCUCCCUUCCUCGAGCUUAAAAUACCUUUAGGUUUUAGCGUAUUACUAUAUAUUUAUAUAUUAUAUUAUCUGUGGUUUUAUCAUAGAUUUGCAUUUUUCAAUGACGAGUAACAAUUGGUACGCAGAUUACCUUAAGUUCGUGAAUAUAAUAAAAACUGUUAAUUCUAAGUUCCUUUUGUACAUUGUAAUAACUUUGGUUUCUUAUGAAUAGACAAUACACCAUACGUAUUUUCAUAGUAUAAUUUAUAUAUUUAUUUAAUAGAAUACCAGUAUAGUAUAUAUCAAUACCUAGUAUUAAUCACUGGUUUUAAAGAAGAAAUACUUUACCAAAAAAAAUUGCUAGUUUUGCACAAACAGUGCGUUUAUAUAGCUUCUUGUAUAAACAUAUCUUUCGUAUCCACGGGCUAUGUAACUAUAAAUAUCUCUCUAUUGAUUGAAAGAUGUAUUUCAAAAAUCAAUUACUUAUUCGGCACGUAAAAUGUCAAAUAAUGAAAAUAUCACGAUAGCAUUAAACAUAUUAUAAAUAUUGAAAAUUCAGUAUUCGACAUUUUAAUAAAUAAUAUGGCUACCAUAAAUGUAAGGAAAAUGAAAACUAAAUAUUACAUAAUAUUAUGCAGCAAUAUUAUAUAUGGGAUGCAAAAGAAAUAAAUGCUUUAUGUAUAAAAAAUCGUCAAACAAAUAUCCAUAUUCAGUAUUAAUUAAAUAAAAAUAAUAUGUAAAUUUAUAAUCAAAAUAUGUACACUUAAUAAGUGCGUCAUUUUAUUUUUAAUCUUCGGACAUAUACCCACCGAUUUCUAGUCAUUUGGUUUAAAUAUAAGAGAAAUUCUGUACAUACGUUGUUGUAUUAGAUAAAUUGAAAUGCAAAUGUAUGAACGCACGUUGUUAUGCUGCAUAAAGCCGUAAUUGGAUUAAAAUAAAUACUACCUAAUCCUACCUAGUAUAUGUACCUAAUAUUAAAAACACACCACACUAUGGAUUGCAGAUAUUCGGCCUUUAAUAUUAAUUUAAUGUACAUUCAAUCAACAAACAAUAAAAUUCAUAUCAACAAACAUAAUUCUGUCCAAGCUAUACCUUUUAAUAUUAAAAUUCUGAGUAUAAUAAGAAUUAUAUAAUUGAUCUUCUUAUGUAUUUUUUUUCUACUUGUUAAUGAAAGCUCAUUAAAGUUCUAUAAAACUUUAAGUGGAUGGUAAACGCAAAUUGAGAUAUUGACCAUCACUCUGUAGAUUUCAUAUAAUUAACAAAAUGCUAUUAAAUCACAUAUUUUAACCGAUGUGUAUACUUUUAAUUCUAUAAUAGUAAUUUGGUGAUCCAUUUGUCUAUGAAAUUUAAUCAAAAGUAUUAUUUGUUUGAUCUGUUGUAGGAAGGUUCUAAAGGCAUCUUUGGCCAAGCGAUUGAUCUGUUUGUGAUAUAUAACACGUUUAGUUAUUGUAUACUUAGAAUCCUAAGCAAUAUUUAGAUAUAACUAUGAAAGUACCAUCAUAUAUUUAGAUAGCACAAAAUCGUGCAUAGUUAAUGUGUUUACGGUUAAUAAAAUGCGCUAUUAGUGUUGAAGGGCUUUUUAGCGUUGAAAAUCAAUGUGUAUUCCCAUAACUUAACACAUGUUCAAUAUAAUAUUACAUUUGAUAGUAUUAUUGUUACGAAGAGUUAAGUAGAAUAAGUAUGUUACUCAAAUUGGCGUAGUAAAUAUCAUCAUAUACACAGUAGAGCAUUUGUAAAAUACGAACAUCAAAGCUAUACGCAUUGAGUAGUGGCUGAUUUAAAAAAAAAAAAAACAUUUCAAAGAAUAUGUUUUAACGCGCUUAGGAAAAAAUAUAUAUAAGUAUAUUUAAACAGAUACUAGAUCUCGUUUGAAACCUGUUACAUCGUAAAGUACCCGGUAGCGAUACUACCAAUGUAUUCCGUAUAUGGAACCUACAUUUUGUUGUGAAAUAAAGUUAAUUAUGUUCGCGUAUAA